GGUUAGGGUGUGAAGGCUUGUUGUUGGGUUAUUGUUUGAAGUGUGCGGGGUGUAGGGAGCGAGGUGGAGUCCGGUCUGAGGCAGCUCAUCGGUAUGAAGUAAAACCGGGAGCUUUGAGCGAUUUAAUUUCACACCCUGCGCAGUGCGCUUAAAUAGGGGCAAGAACAGAGGGAGGGAUUUAGGACGGAGCCCGUAGCCCACAGCGCGCUGCCGGUAAAGAUGGCGGCGUUACGCAGGAUGAUGUCGGUGCUGGUGAGCAGGUCCGCGGCUCGGUUCGGGGAUAAAGCGCGGGUGAGGAGCGGCGUGGCGGCGGUGGGAUUCGGGCUGGCGGCCGGCGGAGCGGCGGUGCUGUAUCUCAGCUACCGGGGAGCGCGCACCGGAGUCCGCAACAACGCGCCCGUGCUCGCCGCGGAGCCGCAGAACCGGCAGUUGGACUUGGAGGACGGAGACGUGUACAUGUCGUCCCACGAGCACCGCUUCCGGCUCUUCAGCUCGAUGGAGUACGAGGGUCAGCUGUACAUGACGCCUCAGAACUUCAUCGAGUCAGUGACCAUGAGCGAGCCGCGGAUUAAGAAAGCGUGGCGGUCUCUCAGUAAACAGGAGCUGGAGAAGAUCCUCUCCGAGACGCCUCCGGUGUGGAAAGGAAGCUCGACGCUUUUCCGAAACCUCCGAGAGAGAGGCAUCAUCGCCUACACCGAGUAUCUCUUCCUGCUUUGUAUCCUGACCAAGCCUCAUGCUGGCUUUAAAAUAGCCUUCAACAUGUUCGACGCCGACGGCAACCAGAUGGUGGACAAGCAAGAGUUCCUGGUGCUGCAGGAAAUCUUCCGGAAGAAGAACGAAAAGAAGGGACGCAAGGGAGACGCGGAGAAGUCAGCUCAGCUGAGCAUGCAGCUCUACGGAUAUCAUGUCGCCCCAGGCACUAGCGUGUCGAAAAAAGAGAGCCGAGAGGAGUGUGUGGCGCGGAGCUACUGGGACGUGUUGAGACGAAGCGCCAGCCAAGCGCUCUUUUCUGACCUGGCAGAGGAUUUUAAUCUGGAGCGCACGGACGAGAGCAUGACUAUCGACACCACGCUGCUCGUACACUUCUUCGGGAAGAAAGGGAAGGCGGAGUUGACGUUCGACGACUUCUACAGGUUUAUGGAUAACCUCCAGACCGAGAUGCUGGAGAUCGAGUUUCUGACGUACUCCAAAGGCAUGACCACCAUCAGCGAGGAGGAUUUCGCUCGCAUCCUGCUGCGCUACACCAACGUAGAGGACAUACGCAGCUACCUGGAAAAUGUGCGCCAGUCCAUUCCUGACGAAAAGGGCAUCACUUUUGAAGAGUUCAGGUCUUUCUUUCAGUUCCUUAACAACCUUGAAGACUUCGCUAUCGCUAUGCAGAUGUACAACUUCGCCAGCCGUUCCAUCGGGCAAGAUGAGUUUGCGAGGGCGGUGUACGUAGCAACGGGGCUUAAACUCACUCGGCACUUGGUGAACACCACCUUUAAGAUCUUCGACGUGGACCACGAUGACCAGCUGAGCUACAAGGAGUUUAUUGGGAUCAUGAAGGACCGAUUGCACCGUGGAGGCAGGGGUUAUAAGGAUGUAGAACGGUUUACUUCCUUCAGGUCAUGUCUGAAAAAGGAGCUGGCAGGAAGCAGGUGAGCGGUGAGUCGGUCCUCAGCUGUGUGCGAGCAAUCUGGAGUCCAUUCAAAGGAAGGAGCCUUCAUCAUCAUCAUCAUCAUCAUCAUGAUCAGAAGUCUUCCGUGGAACAUCUGCUGAGAAUAUUCUGCACGUUCUGCAUGACUUCCUUCUCUUUCUCGCAGUACUUCCAGCACCGGAAUUGUUACUUGACGUGGGAAUUACGUAUUAAAUUAAAUGAUUAAAUUAUUAACGCGCCGCUCAGACUACACAAAGCAGCGCACUAUGAAGCGAGCUCUGUUUAACACGCACGCGGUUCGUGGUCCUGCUCUUUCUUAGCGUGUACGAGUUGAGUUUAUUAUUUUGAUCGUUAUAAUCGAACUGUGACACUGCUAUCCUAGUUUUCUUUUCUGAAAAAAAAUAUAUUUAUUUAUUUAUUUAUUUAUAUUUAUUACUGCUAAUACUUCCUACCUGGAGUUAUUUCACGUCGUUAUUUACUCGGACAACUGAAACCAAAGCCAGCAAACUAGCUAAAGCGUAGCUAAGAAUAAUAACGUACUGCAUUUUGUUCUGUAAUGCCGUUCUUGAGUCUCGAAUUCUGAUUGGUCAGGAGGUAACGUUUCUAUAGUAACAGCUCGUUCACAGUAACGGGGAUAAUCUACGGCUAAUAAUAAACAUUUGGCAAAGGAAGAUGCGCAGUAGUGGAAAUGGUGAGGUUUUGUUCCGGGUAAGGAGAUGUUUAUUUAACCUUUACGGAAGGAGUCUCCAGUGUCGGCGGUAAAACUGGGAAAUUGUAGGCGCUUUUUUUUUUUUUUUUUAAAUUAAUUUCCAGAGGUUGGUGAAGGAACGACUGUUUACACGUAGCCGCUGUAACGCAAGCGAUAAGUUGAGGAUUUAACAAUAAACGUAACUAUAAAUGGAUAAAUAGUAUGAAAUAUUCUUUAACGAAUGAAAAAAUCGAAUUGCUGUAGUAUAAAGAGGAAUAAAAGACUUCGGGCUGUGCCGUUAUAAGAAACGAAUCAUCUUCUCGGAGGCGGAGUUUUGUUCCUUACACAAUGGCUGUUAUAUUAAAGAUAAAUAUAAGUUGAGCCUAAAGUGCCUAAUUAGAGUGAUAAAAGAUUGUUGCCCUUUCAGCUUUGUUUAGAUCUAACUUGCUCCAAUUGAAUCAUUUCUAACAUUUUCUCAAUUCGCAAAAUAUGAAAUAAGUACAGUUUAUAGUAUCAGCUGAUAUAAUAACGUACCUAAAAAAACCAGCGCGCCUUUAAUCCCAUCGCAUCACGGAGCUUUAAUCAAAGUCUUAAAUGUGUCCCAGUGUAUGAAGUGGUUAUAUAUACACCGAGACGUGUAAAUGUGGAUUUUAUCUCUUUUUUUCAGUGUGUAGAAAUCUGAUACCCGCACGUGACACGUAAUAACGACGUUAAUCACAGAAUUUCCCGACUUAUUUUCACUUUCAGUACGUGCACUGUCUGCAUUUAUCUGACAAAUCCUACAGCCUGCAAUUAAUACCCUGUUUAACUGAAGGAAAAGAAAUAAUGCCUGAGUAAUGUAUAUUUAUAUUGCAUACUAUUGUGUCUCCUUCUUUUUUAAAAUACUGAUAAUCGGGUGUUGUACUUGGAUAUUUAAGAAUGAAGUUGUUGUAUGAAAUGCGUAAUUUAUUAUAAAAAAAAACAACGUUUUGUCAGAUAUUACCGGGAUAUGAAGUAAAUUCACAAUGCGUAAAUUAUUACUGUUCGAUGAAAAUGCACAUUAUCCUCCUUUUCACUCUGUAGCCUGGUUGGGACUAUAAUAUAAACUCAUUAUCAAAUAAAA